AGAAAUCUCCCUCAUUUAUGGUCCCUAGGGAUUUGGGUGCUAACAAAAAUCUCUUAUCCAAUUCAGGGUUGUAACCAACUCUCCCCAUCAAAAGCAUUGAUGACAUCCGAUGAAGCAGAGAGAAAUAUCUAAGUCUGGAGGAGAAGUUGCCAAAGGAUAUUCCCUGGGUCACAGGAGAGGCUGCAGAAAAGGGCCCCAUAGACAUUGGUUGCUUUUGGGAGAGCUGGGUAGCAGGGAGCCAUAGAACUUCCGAGUGACGUCAUCAGUAAUCUCUUCCUUGGACAAUCUCUUGUAUCUAAGAGAGCACUAGAAUCUUCUGUGAUGUCACCAGUGUUGUUGUGACACCAACUGCCUUUGGGGUUCCAUCAGUGCCUUUUGGGUUCACAAAUAGGCAUGUUUCACCAGCUGCUCAAGCUCGUUCAGAAGGAGGGGGGAGACCAAGGAGAGACCAGACGGAGGCAGAAGAAAGCUGGCCUUCUGUCUUGGUUUAUUAGGAAGGCAUCAUCAGAAAAUUUCAUCAGUAACCAUGAAAAGCGUAUAAAGAAUUUGGAGGAACUAAAACUUGAAAUCCAGAAGUGUAAAUCUGAGCGGGAUGAACUUUCUCAAAUCCUGGACCUUUAUGUCAAUGAUGGUUUGAACUACAGGCUGAACAUUGAAUUGCCAAUGCUUAAAUCCCAACAUGAGAUGAGAACGAUGGAUAUGCAUAAGAUGACCAACUGGAUAAGUGAUGCCAUGGAGAAGUACAAGGAGCUCACACAAGAGAACAAUUCCUACCGCAUCAGAAACUUCCACCUCCUGAAUGAAUGCAAUGAAUUGAAGAAGAAUGUAAGGAUUUUGAUGAAUGAGAACAGAAAACUGCUGGUGGAGCAGACGGAACUGCAAGCAUCCUGUGAGGAGGGAAAGAGGUUCUGUGAGGAGGCCAGCAAGACCAUCUACACCACAGAUAUUGAAUCCUUGUGUCCUGUACUUUUGAGUAAAUCGAAUGUAUCCUUGUGAAUCAAA